GUUCUCAGAGCACGGGGCCGUGUUCUUCUUCUUCGUCCUCUACUGUGAAGAAAACUGGUUCUCUCUAAAAUCCGAUUCUCUCUCUCUAUAAUCCGAUUCUCUGUCUGUCUUACUUCUUCGUUACUUCUUGUUUACUCCCUCUUUCUCUCUCUUUAAGUCUCUAUCUCAAUCUCUCAGGCUUCCUUUCUUUUCUUUUAGUGUACGCUUGAAUUGUGUGCGAAAUUAGGCUUCGUUUCACAAUCCUCAGCAGUUACUGGCUUUCAAAGUUUCUACAUUCUUCUGUUUUCUCUCAAGAGAGUGUCUGGUCGGGGCUGGGGGAUGAGAUGGUGAUCUGGAUUGGUCUUUAUACCAAGGACAUGAGCAAUGGCCACUCACCCAAACCUAACAAAAUGGAAUGUACAGCGUAUGCAGCAUUGGGGUGUCGUAUUCUAUAGUCCAUUGGACUAUGAUAUACUUAACAAAAAAGUUAUUUCGGUGUAGGCAAUUUUUUCCAACUUCUAAUUCAAUUGUUAACUUUUGGUUUUGAUUUAUUCUUCAGCUGUAUGACGAUAUAUGCAAGAAUAGAUGUGAGCAGAGGAUGUGAAAGCCAGAAAGAAGUGCAUAUGUCUUAGACAAGCAUAAAUUUUUCAGAAUCAUGCAUCAAAAUCCAAAGAAAUUGGGACCCAUAAAUAGAAGGAACCUUGACAAUCCUAUCAAUGGACUCUAGGGAUAUGCCAUCUGAGAUAAAAGCAGACCAUGUUAAUAUGGAUCAUUUAGAGAGUGAAAGAGUAGGAUUUCAUGUUGGAGGGAGGAAAAGUCCAAUCUAUCACCCCCCUAAAUCAUCAACCAAAACUCAAACAAGAUCCCCGAGAGGAAGGAGAAGUUCAAGGUUGAUAGAUAAGUGUGGCACCUCAGAUCCCAAUAUACAUGGUAAGAGAGAGGGUUCAAUUCCAUCUAAAUCAUCAGAAAAGCACAAGAACCACAGAGAGAGACGUGAUGCAAAGGCCAAUGAGGCCGAAGAGAUAGUCAAAUAUAUGUCUAAUCUCCCAUGCUAUCUUCAGUGCAAGGAAGGUGGAAGCAGCUUGCAGGAGAAGGCUUUAAACUUUGGAGUUCUUGACUGGAAACGUCUCGAAAAUUGGAAAGAGACCCAAAAACAGGGGCCUGGUCAAAGAAACGUUGAUACUAUAUCCUUUAAAACGGUUAACACGUCUACCCAACCUCACGAAAGUGGCAAAAGCUCACUUGCAAGGAAAAGGAGAGCGUCAAUUGAUUCUUCAAAUUCACUUCAUACCCUUUUAUCUGCUAUUAGGGCCCAAAGUCUGAGCUCAGAUCAGAACACAUCUAACCAAAAUGUAGCUCAUCAUGGUUCGGUUAGUUCAGAACAAAUGUCAAAUAUAAAUUCCCAGAACCAGGAAAGAGACCAAGCCAUUAGCAGUAAAAACAUAGAGCAUAGUUCUCAAAAGGAGGAAACAUUAGAGACUGAAGAUUCAAAGCAAGAUACCAUUGUAAGCAAUGCUGUGGAAAGGGAUUCUUUGCUCUCAGAUGUUCAAUGUAGCAGUGGAUCAAAUUCUAGAGAGAUGAAAGGUAGCAAUGGAUCAAAUUGUAAAGAGAGAGAAGUGAAGACUCUUGGCAGUCCAUCACACGACUAUGAAACGAGUGAUCAGUUGAGUGCAAGGCCCAAAAGCUUUAGUUUUAGAGAAGGACUAGGCUUCCGAUAUUUGAAUCCAAGAUCUGAAACCCAAAAUCAAGCAACAGCUAGACCAGAAGAACCAAAUGGUGGAGAUAGUUUGCCUGUGGAUAAAGAGAAAACAUGCUCAAAAACUCGAUUCAGUUCUUUCACGAGAAUGAUAGAGCCAUUAGUAAAGUCGAGCAAUAUUUCUAAGGACAGAACAAAGCCUAAAAAUCUUCACAGUUCAUUCUUUACAGAAUGUAAAGCAGCUGAACAGCCUUCAACCGUGAGAUCGAAAUCUUGUAACCAAAAAACCAUGAAAAAGGGAUUUCGUCUCUCUAAAAGCCUUUCUACCAAUGAUUUCAAAGGGUCCUGGCAGAGUGAGAAGAACACCUCUGACUUGAUGGUACACGCUUUUCUUCAAUGCCUGUACCAAAAUGGCAUGCCCUUCUAUACAUUUUCCUUGAAUGGUGACAGAAGUUUUCUUGCAUCAGUUGGAAGGAAAAUCCUUACUUCUGAAAAGGAUUCCUGUGACUGGUUAUACACCUUCCAUUCUUUCACUGACAUCAAGAAGAGGAACAGUGGAGUAUGGAUUAACCAGGGGAAAAAGCAAAACAAUCAUGUCCAAGCCUCUAACAUGGUGGGUCAAAUGGAGGUUUCCUGUUUCUUGCAAUCACGUAACCAUGCUCAUGGAUCUCUCAAUCAUUUUGUUGUGAGGGAGUUUGUUUUAUACAGCACUAGUUUUGAAUACACAAAACUGGGAAAUCCGGUUGGUAAGACGUCUAGCAAGACGGAUUCUUCUGAUUUCUUGGAGACCCAUUAUCAGUUUCAUCCUUAUAGUGAACUUGCAGCCAUGGUUAUUAAGGUCCCAUUGGAGGAGAGAGAAAUCCUCAGGAGUGAAAAUAAGGCCGUAGUUGAUGAGAGAGAUUGUGAACUAGAGAGAGAGAAACAACCUGUAUCAAGUAUUGAAGUCAUACUUCCAAGUGAUGCGCAUGGUAUACCAAAUGAAGAGGAAAGUAAUAAGCCCUCGUCUCUGAUUGAACGGUGGAGAACGGGUGGAUCAUGUGAUUGUGGAGGUUGGGACAUGGGGUGCUCUCUUACUAUUUUGUGUGAACAACAUCCUCAUAGUGAGGAUGUAACCUCCAUCCAGGGGAGCCAUGGUUCAGAUACAGGUUUUCCAGUUGAUCUUUUCAUACGGGGCUCUCAAGGAAAUAGACCAGCGAUAAGCAUGGGAGCCAUUCGCAAUGGACUAUACAUGAUUGAUUACGACAAAUUCCUUACCCCAUUGCAGGUUUUCUCCAUUUGUGUAGCCCUCCUGCAUUGUAGAAAACCUGCCUGUUUCUCCGAAAAUUGGGGCCCUCAUAAAGAGAAGGCUCUACCUGAAUCCUCACCAUAUUUAAAGGAAUACAUAGCCAUGGACACCCAAAAAGAUCAGAGAGAAAUCCACUUAAGCUACAUUCCUGAUCCCCCUCUCUCUCCUGUUGGGAGGGUCUAAUAGCAGACCAGAGCCUACCUGCCCAUGAACAGGUAAGCAAGAGUCCUAUGAUUGGAUCUCUGAGGUCUGCUUUUGAAUUUGCAGUAUAGAAUUACCUUUUUGUAUUCUUUUUUUAUUUUCUUUUUUGAUAAAAAUUACCUUUUUCUAUUCUUUUUUUUUUGCUUUUUUGAUAAAUGGGUAAUAAUAUAUGGAUAUAGUUACCUUUGUAAAGUGAAAUAAGCCUUUGUAUUGAUACUAUAUCUUGUUGCAUCUCAAAGAGGUCAAAGAAAGCUCUAUAUGUUUUACCCA